AUGUAUUCCUCCGUCGCCGAGAAGAACAACACUUUCGACGACGAGACUACGAAUAACAGCACGACUAAAAACGCGUUCUCGCUUGCGGAAAAGAAGUAUCGGUUGAAAGUGAUUGAAACGAUUCGCGUGGACGCGAAAACCGGACGCAGACGGAAGAGCGGGAAACUGGUGGAAGAGAUUGACGUCUCCGAAACGAUUGAUUUUGACGAAUGUGUUGGUCACGAAUCGUCCUCCGCGAUGCGUGUUUCAAAGCUUAAGGAGGAAGAGAAGAAGCAGACGUUUAAGGCAAAAGGAGGAGUCGAAGAGGUGGCGGCUUUCUCUCGUUUUGCGAACGCGCCGUCGAGAGAAAGACCUCGGGUGUGGAAGUUAUUGGACCACCCGGGCGCGUAUUACGUCCAAAACGCGUUAGAUUUACGAGAGCAGAGAGAGUUAAUCAUGCAUUGCGUGAAAAUACUCCCGGAACGACCAAAUAAAACGAAUCAUUGGCAAAGAUUGGGGAAACCGUUGCCGGCGGAUUUGUAUCGAGCGGCGAAAGCGGGUUUGUAUUUAAACGAAGAGGAAAACGGGUGGAUGGAGUUAGAGAAACCUCCGAAACGAGGCGACGGGAUGGAAUCGAGAGCGGCGAGACAUUUGUUGAGGAAGUUACGUUGGGCUACGGUAGGGGCACCGUUCGAUUGGACGAAGAGAGUUUACGAGGAAGAGCGAGCGCCGGAGGUGGACGAGAGGAUUAAACGAGCGUGCGUGAAGACGCUGGAGAUUGUGUUCGGGAAAGAAGCUGCUUUCGUUGAAAAAGGAGAGGAUAAAUUCUUCGAUGGGCAAGUCGGGUUGGCGAAUUUCUACGCUCCCGGAGACACUUUAAACGGUCACGUGGACGACGCGGAGAUGAACUUGAGUAAACCGAUCGCCUCGCUUUCGCUCGGUUUGCCGGCUAUUUUUCUCCUCGGGCAAAAAUCGAAAGCCUUAAAGCCGGUGACUGCUUUAAUCGUUCGCAGCGGAGAUGCGAUCGUGCUCAGCGGUGAAUCUCGAACGAUGUUUCACGGCGUCCCGAGAGUCUUUAGCGACGGCGAAACGUUGAUGAGUUCCUCAAAAACCUUUCGGUUUCCGGAAGCGCUCGAAAGCGCGUUCGACGACGACGACGACGAAUUCCUUCUCAACUUUGCCAAACGAACACGAAUCAACCUCUCGUUGCGCGACGUCAGAUGA